CUUCCAAUUUGAAAACCAUGGCUGAAGCACAACUCCCUCAGGUGAACGAGAUGUUCGACACUGUCCUUAUUCUGGACUUUGGAUCCCAGUACUCCCACUUGAUUACCCGUCGUGUCCGUGAGAUGGGUGUCUACUGCGAGCUCUUGCCCUGCACCCAGAAGAUGUCUGAACUUCACUUCAAGCCCAAGGGUAUCAUCUUGUCAGGCUCUCCUUACUCUGUCUACGAUACCGAUGCUCCCCGUGUUGACCCCGCUGUCUUUGAGUCGGGUGUCCCUAUUCUCGGUAUCUGCUACGGUCUCCAGGAAAUGACCAACCAUAUGGGUGGCAAGGUUGAAGCCUGCGAUCACCGUGAGUACGGCCACGCCAUGCUUAAUGUCAUUAAGCACCCCAACUUCCCUCUUGCUGACAAGCUCUUCGAGGGUCUUGGUGACGAAUUGAAGGUCUGGAUGAGUCACGGCGAUCAGGUCACACAAGCUGCUCCUGGCUUCUUGGUUAUUUCCAAGACCAACACCGCUCCCUUUGCCGCAGUUGCUCACGAGUCAAAGCCUUUCUUCGGUAUCCAGUUCCACCCCGAAGUUACUCACACCGACGAUGGCCAGGCUGUCUUGAAGAACUUUGUUGUUAACAUUUGCCACGCCGAUGCCUCAUGGACUAUGGAUGCUUUUGUUGAUAAGGAAAUUGCCCGUAUCAGAAAGAUUGUUGGCCCUCACGGUCGUGUUGUUGGUGCUGUCUCUGGUGGUGUUGACUCUACCGUCGCUGCCAAACUUAUGCACGAAGCCAUUGGUGACCGUUUCCACGCCAUCUUGGUCGACAACGGUGUGAUGCGUCUUAACGAGUGCGCCAAUGUCAAGAAGAUGUUGGGUGACAAGAUGGGUAUCAACAUUAAGGUUAGCGAUGCCGCCGAUCUGUUCUUGGGUCGUCUCAAGGGCGUCACUGAUCCCGAGACCAAGCGUAAAAUCAUCGGCAACACCUUCAUUGAGGUUUUCGAGGCCGAGGCUGCCAUCAUUGACAAGGAGUGUGGUGGUGAGAUUGAGUACCUUCUCCAGGGAACUCUCUACCCUGAUGUUAUUGAGUCCAUCUCCUUCAAGGGACCCUCCGCUACCAUCAAGACCCACCACAAUGUCGGUGGUCUUCUCGAGGAUAUGAAGCUCAAGCUCAUUGAGCCCCUUCGCGAGUUGUUCAAGGAUGAGGUCCGUGCUCUUGGCAAGAUUCUUGGUCUUGAUGAUGAACUUGUCUGGCGUCACCCCUUCCCUGGACCAGGUAUUGCUAUCCGUGUCUUGGGUGAGGUUACCAAGGAGCAGGUCGAGAUUGCCCGUCUUGCCGACAACAUUUACAUUGAAGAGAUCAAGAAGAAUGGCUACUACCGCCAGAUUGCUCAGGCAUAUGCCGCUCUUUUGCCCAUCAAGGCCGUCGGUGUCAUGGGUGACAAGCGUACUUACGAGCAGGUCAUUGCUCUCAGAGCUGUUGAGACCAAGGAUUUCAUGACUGCUGAUAUCUUUGCCAGCGCAGAAUGGUUUGUCUGCCUCAAGCGUAUUAGUUCCCGUAUCAUCAAUGAAGUUAAGGGUGUAAACCGUGUGGUGUACGAUAUCAGCUCCAAGCCCCCAGCUACUAUCGAGUGGGAAUAAGUCAAUACAUUAUAUCUGUUCUUUUGUUCUUUUUCUUUUAAUGUUCAACUUUCCAUUUUCUUUAUCCACAUCUUUUACAUUUCUUCUCUUUGCAUUAAAAAUAAAAUAAAAAUGACUCUACAUCUGUUUCAAUUAUAAAA